AUGGCGCGACCGCGGACGCUCUCGCGCGCGGGGACGUACGGGUCGGACGUCGCGCGACGCGCGCUCGGGACGGAGGCGCACGCGCGCGCGCGACGGGACGUUUGGGCGGUGCGUGUGGUGACGCGAGCGCUGGGGAAGGGGGAGGUGGCGGCGACGGAGGCGACGUUGGAUGGACUCGGGAGGGAGCUGGAGGCGUGCGCGGCGGCGGCGGUGCUCCCGCGAAGAGGCGACGCGAUCGUCGCGACGCUUCGAGCGAUUUCGAGGUGCGGACGGGCGUUUGAGCACGCGCUCGUUGACGUCGCGGACGGGCGGGGGGGGAGGGCGUGGGAGGAAUUGAUCGUGUUGGGGGACGACGAGACGCGCGCGUUGACGAUGCGGAAUCCAGAGGUGGCGACGGCGUAUUUCGAGGCGAUGGCAUGCGUCUCGGGAGCGGAAUUCAGCGCGUCGAGGGUGCUGCGCAAGUACGAGCUACUCGGAAAUUUGGAGCGUUCAUUUUUAAACGACAAUCGCCCCCUCGUGCUCGGUAUCAUGGAGGUGUUUCAGAGUUUAGCGUCGAGCGCGUCGAGCGACGUGGCGGCGUGCGUGCAGCGAAGCAAAGCGCUUCAAAACUUCAUCUCCACAGGUUUUAUCACCAUGUCCGAGCGGCAUGACGACGACGCGAGUGAUGAGACAAUGACGAAACGAUUUUUCGCCUUCGUACUCGCGAUGUUGCGCUCGAAAAAUGAGCGCUUCGGUGCGAUGGCAUUUAAAGGGGUCGAGGAGGCUGCGACCCCGGUUGUGUCGCGCUUGUGCCUCGCGCGAGCGGGUUUGGACGCGAACGCGCUGUACAUUUAUCGAGAGAUCGCGCUGCAGACGGCGGAGUAA